AAUGUUUCAAAUAUGUUACUCCAAUAAUACAUUUUGAAACCUAUUCGCUGUAAAUAUAUCUCGAUUUUACAAAAUUGUUUCGCUUCUAUAAAGUAAAGCUUCCUUAUUUUUCGUUAGCUCUCAAAGUCGCUAAAAGCCAUUUAAAUAUAUGUUGUAGUAUCUUGCAUUCUGCUAAGUGUACGUCGCAUCAAACGGAAAGUUAAGUAUCUGCCCAGUGGUCGUACAAUUUUCGUUGUUUCGUGUACCAAAUUAACGGUGUGCUAUUUUGAGCGAGAGUGAGUCGUUCAAGAAAAUCAUUUGCAUUUCACGUAAUGAAAUACGUACAAUAGCAUGAGCAGUAACGGGGAGAAGCCACCGGAAAACGAGAACGAUAAGAAGAAUUCCUCCAGCAAAGAGGACAGCCCGUCGGACGAUAAGGAAGAUGGUGGUUCAGCAUCGACGGGAAGCAAUGGCGGUGCGACAACGGGAGAACCGUCGCAGCCCGGAAGUAAACCCAGCUCCGUGGGCGCGACCGUCAGAGAAAAAGCGCAGAAGCUGCUGAGCCUAGCAACACGCAGGGAAUGGGCCGUCGUGGGCCAGCUGCUGAAUUCUUUGGAGAAGGCUGUGCAGAGCGCUGGGGAGGAUGACUUCAUCGUACCGCUCGCCGGUGUUUUGGACACGACGACAGGGAUGACGCCGUUGAUGUACGCAGUGGAGGACAACCGCAGCGAGCUACUCGAUCGGAUGAUCGAGCUCGGAUCCGACGUGAACGCCAGAAACAAUGCAACUAUAGACAAAGGAAAGAUACCUCUUCUGCUAGCAAUCGAGGCUGGCAAUCAGUCGAUCUGCCGGAAACUUUUGGCACAUCAACAAGCAUCAGAUCAGCUUUGCGCCACUACGCCAGCCGGUGAUUCCGCCGUACAUUUGGCUACUAGAAGAAAGAACAUUGACAUGGUGCAGAUUCUCCUAGAUUAUGGCGCGGCCGUCAACAUGCAAAAUGGUGAUGGGCAAACUGCGUUACACAUAGCGAGCGCCGAAGGUGACAAAACUUUAGUGAAAUAUCUUUACGAUAUCAGAGCCUCUGCCUCGAUCACUGAUUACCAAGAUCGUACGCCGAUGCAUUUGGCCGCGGAGAACGGUCAUGCUACCAUUAUCGAGCUGCUGGCCGAUAAAUUCAAUGCAAAUAUCUUCGAAAGGACAAAAGACGGUUCCACUCUGAUGCACAUAGCAUCGCUGAACGGUCACUCGGAAUGUGUCACUAUGCUCUUGAAGAAGGGCCUGUAUCUGCACAUGCCAAACAAACGUGGUGCCAGAUCCAUUCAUAUAGCUGCAGAAUACGGCCAUGUGGGUAUUAUCAGCACUCUGCUGCAACGAGGAGAGAAGGUGGACGCGACAACCAAUGAUGCUUAUACGGCACUCCAUAUAGCCGUGGAAAAUAUCAAACCAGCUGUCGUGGAAACCCUUUUGGGAUACGGUGCAAAGGUACACGUGAGAGGUGGAAAACUUCGAGAGACUCCACUUCACAUAGCUGCUAGAGUGGCUGAUAGCAACGAAUGCGUUCUGAUAUUAUUGCAAUCUGGAGCAAAUCCCAAUCUAACUAUCAACGAUGGUCAAACGCCCGUGCAUGUGGCAGCCAGUCAUGGGAAUUUAGCGACACUCCUUUUACUCCUCGACAAUGAUGGUGACCCGAUGUUUAAAUCAAAAAAAGGAGAAACACCUUUGCAUUUAGCCUGCAGGAGUUGCAGAACUGACGUCGUCCGAUAUUUGAUAGAAUUUGUAAAAAAAAGGAAAGGGUCAGAAGUGGCGACCGCCUAUGUAAAUAGUCUGACUAACGAAGGUGGCAGCGCGCUCCAUUACGCGGCCCAAAUCGAACCCUCGAAAGUCGGUGCUCCCGGCGACGAUCGCGCCAUUAUUCGCAUCCUUCUUAAUAGCAGAGCGGACGUCUCAUUGCAGACCAGACAGGCCCAGGAAUCAGCGUUUCAUCACUGCGCACUAGUCGGCAACAACGAGGUUCUGACGGAAAUGAUCAGUCGCAUAUCAGCUACGGAAGUGCAGAAGGCCUUGAACCGGCAGAGCGCCGUGGGUUGGACGCCGUUGCUAAUCGCCGCUCAUCGGGGUCACAUGGAACUGGUGACCACUCUUCUCGCUAAUCACGGACGAGUCGACGUGUUCGAUCUCGAAGGUAGAUUCGCUCUUCAUCUAGCUGCCGAGCAUGGCUACCUUCAAGUCUGUGAUACGUUGUUGGCAAACAAAGACUUUAUAAACUACAAAUCACACGUGGGAAAAACUGCCCUGCACCUAGCUGCCAUGAAUGGUUACACGCAUUUGGUACAAUUCCUCGUACAGGACCAUAGAGCUGAAAUAGACGUGCUCACAAUGAAAAAGCAGACUCCUCUUCACCUUGCAGCGGAAGCAGGUCAAUUGGAUGUCUGCAAUCUAUUAUUGGAACUAGGUGCAAGCAUAGGUGCCACAGACGACCAGGGACAGAAGCCAAUUCACGCUGCGGUCAUGAAUAAUUACAUCGAAGUAGCGCAACUCUUUUUACAAAGAUAUCCCAGUAUGAUGCUGGCCUGCACCAACGACGGCAAUACCUGCGCCCACAUCGCCGCCAUGCAAGCCAAUGUCCGGAUGAUCGAAGAGCUAAUGAAGUUUGAUAGGAAGAGUACGAUAACCGCUAGGAAUAAGUUGACGGAAGCGACUCCUCUGCAACUGGCGGCGGAAGGUGGACACGCCGAGGUCGUGAAGGCUCUGGUUAGGGCAGGCGCGUCCUGCGCUGACGAAAAUCGCGCGGGCUUUACCGCGGUUCAUCUGGCAGCUCAGCACGGCUACUGCCACGUACUUGAAGUGAUGAGGUCGUCACAAUCUUUUAGAAUAUCCAGCAAGAAGCUCGGCGUCACUGCGCUUCAUGUUGCUGCUUAUUUCGGACAAGCCGAUAUGGUUAGAGAACUACUAACUCACAUACCCGGAACCGUGAAAUCCGAUCCACCAACCGGAGGAUCUUUGGUAAGAGGAUUAGGAGCUGAAUCUGGCAUGACUCCUCUUCAUCUGGCUGCCUGUUCUGGAAAUGAAAAAGUUGUACAAUUUCUUCUCAAUUCAGCGGAUGUCCAGGUAAAUGCAGCGACGACGGAAAACGGCUGGAAUCCUUUGCAUCUAGCUUGCUUCGGCGGUUACGUAACUAUCGUGGGUCUGCUAUUGAGAAGAUCGGCGGAAUUGUUACACAGCUCGGAUCAUCACGGCAGGACCGGGUUGCACAUCGCAGCGAUGGUCGGACAUUUUCAGAUUGUAGAAAUUCUUUUGGGUCAGGAAGCGGAAAUAAACGCGACCGACAAGAAUGGUUGGACACCGCUGCAUUGUGCGGCAUACGUCGGCCAUCUAGACAUUGUGAAGCUGCUUGUGGACAGCUAUGGGUCUCCAAAAAUUGGGACGAAUCUCUGUUGCGCACCGAUCUGGAUCGCCGCAUCCGAGGGUCACAAUAAUGUGCUGAAAUACCUCAUGGAGAAGGAGCAUGAUAAGUAUGCUUUGAUGGAAGAUAGGAAGUUUGUGUACAACAUGAUGGUCUGCAGCAAAAGCCAUGACAACAAACUGAUCGAGGAAUUCAUUCUGAUGUCACCUGCACCGAUCGAUAUUGCGGCAAAACUAUCCAACAUCUACAUGAAGCUUUCCGGAAAAGAAACAGUGCGCGCGAAAGAUUUAAUUACGGCUGGGAAACAGUGCGAAGCCAUGGGCAUCGAGUUGCUGACUCUGGCAGCGGGCAUUAAUUCGGCCGAUAAAAUCUUGACGUCAAUGGAUCAGAGGAAUGUUGAGUUCCUUGACGUAUUGAUUGAGAACGAACAGAAGGACAUAAUCGCGCACACCGUGGUGCAGCGGUACCUAAAAGAGCUGUGGCAGGGUAGCCUGAAUUGGAACACGUUUAAAACGAUCUUGCUGUUCAUCGCCUUCAUCGUGUGCCCGCCGGUCUGGAUAAUGUUCGCUCUUCCGCUUGGGUACAAGUACAAUAACGUGCCUAUCAUCAAGUUCAUGACGUAUUUCACGUCACACAUCUACCUGAUGGUCUGUCUGUUGCUGGUCAGCAUUUCGCCGAUCGCAAAGACAUACCACCUGGUAACGUUCGAUGGAUGUCUGCUGGUAUUGCUGAUUGGAUUCUUUAUCUUCGAAAUAGCUCUAAAAUAUAAAAGCGACAAGUUUAUGCUCAAUUUCAUCAAGGUGAUGGUGCUAAUGUUUGAAGCAAAUUUCCCCUUAUUGCACUGGAUAUCAUUACUGGAUCAACCGGACUUAAAAAUUUUGACUUAUCUGAUAAACCAGCUGUUUGCCUUCCAUUUCCUUUUAGCUAGCGUGCAAGUCAUAAACUUCCUGUCGUUUCACCAUCUCUUCGGGCCAUGGGCCAUCAUCAUCGGUAAUCUUAUGAAGGAUCUCGCGAGAUUUCUCGUGCUGCUGGCGAUCUUCAUUUUCGGCUUCGCCAUACAGUUCAUUGCGCUCCAUCAGCCGUUGAAUGAAACGAAUUAUACGUCUGUUAACAGUUCGUAUACGGAUACUUGCGGGAAUCUAUGUGUGAUCGAAUUUUUGUUCUUCGCCAUAUUCGGUCAGACGACAUAUGCACAAUUCAACCAAGACGGGAAUCAGCCCGAUUGGGCGAGCGUCCUCUUCAAGCUCGUCUACGGCAUUUAUAUAUUGGUGACAGUGGUGAUGCUUAUUAAUCUCCUAAUCGCCACAAUGAGCAAUACCUACUUGCAAAUACAGGCGCAAUCGGAUAUCGAGUGGAAAUACAGACUGAGCAAGCGUAUUCAAAAAAUUAACAGGACCACCAGGGUACCACCCCCGCUGAAUCUCUUCAUGUGGAUCCCGUGGAUCAUGUGGUUUUUCGUCAAGCUUUACAAGAAAAGCACGACCAAACAGCAACAACUGCUCUCUUCGACGCACGAGAUGAAUGAUUACGUUGACUUAUCGGUAGCUCACUCGAGUUCACUCGGGACUCAGCUGUCCUUUCAUAACGCCGUCACAAUCGAGAACGUUGUCGACUGGGACGUCGUCAGACGUAAAUACAGACACCUUUACGGCGAGAAGAUCGAACAGAAGUUGGUCCAAGAGAGCGAGGAAACGAUUGAGAAUGCGUUGGCGGUUUAUAAAGACACAUCCAGCUUUGCCGAGAAUGCCGUGAAAUCGGGGCUUGGCCUUGGAGCUUGAACAAAGUGGGAAAUGAUCGAGAUAACCGUCAACGAUAUAUUACAUAACUCUCUGAAGAAAAAAGAGAGAUUAAAGCUUCUUCUAUCUUUCACAGAUUCGCCACAUUAAAUUUUUUAUUAUUUUAUACUAGUCUAGUAUAUAUUGUAAUUUAUUUGUG